ACGUAACGCGGCGCAGCGCCAUCCCGGAAGCGCGAGCCAGGCCGCCAGAUGUGCAGCUGGCUGCCACUGUGCCUGGCUGCCUCCCAUCAUCGUUUGAGACGGCGUCUCCAGGCUGACCUACUCAUCUAACAGUCCCUCGUGACUCGUCCAUGUAGCUGGGAUGGGGCUUGACCUCUUCAGCUCCCGUGUGUGAAUCUUGCCUAGUGCUGUGUUGGCCUCUCUCAACGAAGUCUUGUGAGGAUCCUAGGCUUUUCCUGAACACCAGAGAAGGGCAUCGGAGGCGGAGGAGAAAGAGAUGGACCCCCCAGACUCAGCCUCGAGGGUCUUCUGUGGACGCUUCCUCAGCAUGGUGAACACUGAUGAUGUCAAUGCCAUAAUCCUCGCCCAGAAGAACAUGCUGGACCGCUUUGAGAAAACCAAUGAGAUGCUUCUGAACUUCAACAAUCUGUCCAGCGUGCGGCUGCAGCAGAUGAGUGAGCGCUUCAUGCACCAUACUCGCACCUUGGUGGACAUGAAACGGGACCUGGACAGCAUCUUCCGAAGGAUCAGGACACUGAAGGGGAAGCUGGCCCGGCAGCACCCAGAGGCUUUCAGUCACAUCCCGGAGGGCUCAUUCCUAGAGGAUGAAGAUGAAGACCCCAUCCCACCCAGUAUCACCACGACCAUUGCCACCUCGGAGCAGAGCUCAGGCUCCUGUGGCUCCAGCCCUGGUACUGUCUCGGCGUCUCUCAGUCCCGGCUUUGAGGACCUGGCACGUACUCCACCUGGGUCUCCUGCCAUCAACGGCCACAGCCAGACAGAUGACGAGGAAGAGACGCAUGGAGAAUAGCCCCCUUCCCACCAUCCCAGAGCAGCAGUGGUCCUCCUGGGGUCACAGUCGGUCAGCUCUGCUGCUCCUUUUGGUCAUAGGCAGGGUCCCUAAUUCCUGCGCCUCCUCCUAAGAGCACCCAGCUGGGGCAGUGGGGCUGGCUACAGGUGUAUCCUUGAACUCAGCCUGGGCAAGUCCCCAGAGACCAAAGCUAGAUGUCCCCGACACCAUAGUGGGGCCCCCUGGAGGUAGAAGGUGCCUGCAGGGCUGAGCUUGUCCUAUCCUCUGGCAGCUGCUGACUUGACUCUGGUCUCCCUGUCCUUUGUGGAGUACUUUUUUCCCUGUUGUGUUGAAUUCUGGGCGAGGAAGAAGGUUCAAGAGAAGCAGCCUUCCCUCUGUGGGCCGCUGUUUCUCAGAACUAGCAGCCAUCUUCGGGAGCUGGCCAGUCACCCUGGAAAACAGCUGAUUGAAUAUUUUUGUAUUGAUGUUUCAGAUGCUGUUGGGAAGUUACCAGUAAAGGCUUACUAAAUAGGA